CUUCAGGCUAAAUAAGCGCCCCGUGUUGCUGCUAUUAUUACCCAUUAUGCCGCCGUCUCUCGUUCUUCUGCUCCCUGGCUUUUGGGCCUGCGAAUUUUCCUCCUUCAUUCUCCCUGCGGUGCGUCUGGCACACUUCCAUUCCUUUCCCUAGCAUCCUGUGUCGAGGAGUCCAGCUCCGUGUCGCUCUUUUUACGUUGCCCAGAGCAAUUCUCCUGCGUCGAGCAAGCCAAGAGGCGUCCGUUCCUUUCCCUACCGACCUCGAGAGAGGCCUUCCACCCCUCGUUAUGAAGCUCCUUCACCUUCUCGGCCUCUUCGCGGCCGGCAUCGCUUCGGUCACGGCUCAGACCUUCACUAAUUGCAAUCCUCUCAAUUCCACCUGUCCGGCCGACCCAGCCUUGGGAACGAACCACACCUUCCAGCUGAACAAGACGCUCGACUCGAACGUCUGGACCGUCACCAGUGGCACAGUCGACCAAACCCGAGAUGGCGCACAGUUUGCCAUCGUGGAGAAAAUGGACUCCCCGACCAUGCAGUCGAACUUCUACAUCUUCUUCGGCGUGGUGGAAACCUUCGCCAAGAUGGCCACCGGCAGGGGCGUCGUGAGCAGCGUCGUCCUCGAGUCGGACGACCUGGACGAAAUCGACUGGGAAUGGGUGGGAUACAACACCUCCGGCGUGCAGUCCAACUACUACGGCAAGGGCAAUCAUUCUUCGUACGACCGGGCCGGCUACCACUACGUCGAGAAUGCCGAUUCCGAAUUCCACAACUACACCACGUACUGGACGCAUGAGAAGCUCGAGUGGUGGAUCGACGGCCAGCUGGUUCGCACCUUGAACUACGAGGACGCCCUUGGCGGGAAGAAUUUCCCUCAGACACCCUGCAAUGUCCGCAUUGGCAUCUGGCCCGCCGGGGAUCCCAGUCAGCCCACCGGCACCAUCGAAUGGGCCGGAGGCGAAGUCGACUAUGACAAAAGUCCGUACGUCAUGACCGUCCAGUCGGUCCGUGUGCAGGACUUUUCAACGGGCAAGGAGUAUUCCUACGGCGACCAGACGGGCGACUGGCAGAGCAUCAAGAUCACCGAGGGAAAUUCCACAAUCAAAAAUGAACUGCUCAAACCACACCUCUCCGUCUCAGAACGCUGGAAGAACCUCAGCUCAGGCGCCAAAGCCGGCGUCGGCAUCGGCAUCGCCGUCUUCAUCGUGGCCGUCAUCGUCGCAAUCACUAUCUGCUGCGUCGUUCAGCGCAAGAAAGGCCGUGCCGAAUACGCCGCGGCCAUGGCCAAAUUCGACAACGACAGGAAGGACAUACUAACGCGCCAGAAGACCUGGAGAGCACCGCCCGGAAACGGUUGGCAGCAUGUACCAACGGCAUGAUUAGAUUCCAGUUCAAUGAAUGCAAAACCUAGUUCGGUCGACGGGGGUUGGAAUCAAGAGAAGAAUGUAUGAAGGCAAACCGGAUCUGCUGGUCCUGAGACGGGUUGCAUUCAUCUUCCUCCGACCCAGUUGUAGGGAUUGGAUAUAGUGAAAUGAGAGGAACCUCUUUUUUAUUUGAUUUGGCUUGGUUUGAUUUUUCAUCGUUCUCGGUCUUUUUUUUUUUUUUUUUUUUUUUUUUUUUUUUUUU